CAUCCUCCAUUUCUCCAUGCUCCAAACAUACUGAAUUCCAAGACUCCUGCUUGCUUUUAGUUUUGGAUUUGAAAUGAAAAAGCCACACUAUUUUCUCUUAUCUUACCCAUCCAAGUCUUUCAUAUAUAUGAUUCAUGCCUUUGUUGACGAAGCACUCACUACCACCAUCAUCUUCUGCACGACCUCUCGACCAGAAUAUCUCUGCAAUUGCAUCAGAGAGAACCUCUUAUCCUCCACUUUCGGUGUUCCCCCUCCAAAUCAACUCUAUUGUCUUGAUCUUUCUUCUACUUCCUUUCUUCUUUUUACUUUUACUUUUUGAUUACUUUUUUCUGUACAGAGAAGAACAUUCUCUUCCUUUCCUUUGUCUUUUUUAUUUAUGACCCACUGAUCUACGCUUUUCCAGCCUAAUAAGUUUGGUCAUGUUCAAAGUAAAAGAAACAGACCUUAGCCCGUGUCACCAGUUUAGCUAUUUAUAACCACUCCUCAAGCCUUACCUGAUGAAGGUUUUCCACUAGUUUUCUCAAUAAUAAUAGUACCCUCAAAGGAAACUUGAACAACAAAGAUGCCAUUUUCCUAUGCAAAAUCUUUCUUGCAACGGUUUUGUAGCAACGACCUUCAAAUGGAUACUAGUAACCACGGCUUCUUCUCCAGUGAUCUCUUACCAUCUCUUGGAGCCAGGAUUAACCAAGAAACCAAGCUUAGAAGAUACAUCAUUUCUCCUUUCAAUCCACAUUAUAGGGCUUGGGAGAUGUUUCUGAUUGUUCUGGUCAUAUACUCAGCCUGGAUCUGCCCAUUUCAGUUUGCAUUUUUAACAUACAAGCAAGACACACUGUUCAUCAUUGAUAAUAUUGUCAAUGGAUUCUUUGCCAUUGACAUCAUUCUAACCUUCUUCGUUGCUUAUCUUGAACGCCGAUCCUAUCUUCUGGUUGAUAACCCCAAGAAAAUUGCUGUCAGGUACAUAUCAACCUGGUUCAUCUUUGAUGUCUGCUCAACAGCACCAAUUCAACCUCUUAGUCUCCUUUUCACAGAUAGCAGCAGCAGCCUUAGUCUUAAAGUACUCAGUAUGCUUCGUCUGUGGCGUCUCCGACGGGUCAGCUCCUUGUUUGCAAGACUUGAAAAGGACAUACGCUUUGACUAUUUUUGGACUCGGUGCACAAAGCUUGUCUCAGUAACUUUGUUUGCAGUACACUGUGCCGGAUGCUUUAACUAUCUGAUUGCUGAUAGAUAUCCUAAUCCAAAGAGAACCUGGAUAGGUGCUGCAAUGCCAAAUUUUAAAGAAGAGAGUCUGUGGAACAGAUAUGUGACUGCAAUGUACUGGUCUAUUACAACACUAACUACAACUGGUUAUGGUGACCUACAUGCUGAGAAUCCAAGAGAAAUGUUGUUUGACAUUUUUUACAUGCUAUUCAACUUGGGAUUGACAGCUUACCUCAUUGGCAACAUGACAAACCUUGUUGUCCACUGGACCAGCCGCACCAGAAAUUUUAGGGAUACUGUCCGUGCCGCUUCUGAAUUUGCAGUAAGAAAUCAAUUGCCCCCACAUAUACGGGAUCAAAUGUUGUCUCACAUAUGUCUGAAGUUCAAAACUGAAGGGUUGAAACAGAAUGAGACCUUGAAUGGUCUACCAAAGGCCAUUCGUUCAAGCAUAGCACACUAUCUUUUCUUCCAUGUCAUUCAUAAAGUCUAUCUCUUUCAAGGGGUUUCAAGUGAUCUCCUUUUUCAACUGGUUUCAGAAAUGGAGGCCGAAUAUUUUCCACCCAAGGAAGAAGUAAUUCUGCAGAAUGAAACUCCAACAGAUCUUUAUAUAUUGGUUUCAGGAGCAGUGGAUUUUAUAGCACAUAUUGAUGGGCAUGACCAAGUCCUUCAAAAGGAAAAUGCAGGGGAAAUGUUUGGGGAGAUAGGAGUUUUACGUCAUAGGCGGCAACCAUUCACAGUUAGGACCACAGAACUUUCUCAAAUCCUACGGUUGAACAAGAAUUCACUGAUAAACAUUAUUCAGGCAAAUAGGGAAGAUGGAAACAUUAUAAUGAACAACCUUUUCCAGAAACUAAAGGAACUUGAAAGUUUAGGCUUUGGAGAAAGACAUAUGGAGCCAGGUUUAAACCUCAACGAGUGGCUUCAUCAAGAACCACAAAAAGGACACUUUUAUUUUCAUGUUGGAAGUGAAGAAGAUUGUCCACAUGCAGACUCAAAUCAGGAAACAAGUGACAUGAAGAUUCUGGAAUCAAGGGCUACAGGAAGGGGUGAAGAGAACACAGUCUAUGAUCUCAUCAAAUGGGGAACUGAUGUUAAUGCAACAGAUGCAGAUGGCCAAACAGCCCUUCAUAUUGCCGUCCGCAAGGGGCAUGUUGAAAUGGUUAAGAUUUUAUUAGAAGGAGGAGCAAAUGGGAAUAAACCAGAUGCUAAAGGGUGGAGACCACUGGAUAUUGCUGAGCAACAAGGACCAAAAAGCAUUUAUGACCUCUUACUAUAUUACAAAAAUAGGAACAGAGAUUCAGAAGUUCAUAGAAUAGAUUUCAUUGAGACAAAGACAGAGACAGUCAACCACAUUGGGAACAAUUGGAGAAAAGAUAGGAGAAAUGAAAAUCCCAAUUUCACAAACUCACACUUCGGAAAGAUAGCACCAAACUCUAGUUCAAGCAGCUAUUGUUGUCCCAGCGAUAGCCAAGCUACAAAGUUGACCAACAGAAGAGUCACAAUUCACAUGCCCUCUCGAAAGGAAAAUACAAUGCAAGAACAGUUUGGGAAGUUAAUAGUUCUACCUGAUUCACUGGAAGAACUACUCAAUGUUGCUGGUCAAAAGUUCCCAGGUUACCAUCCCACAAAAGUUGUCAGUACAGAGAAUGCAGAAAUAGAAGACAUCAGUGUUAUACGAGAUGGAGAUCAUCUCUUUCUCCUUCAACCUGAGCAUGAAACACAAAUUGCAGAGUGACAUUAAGCAUUAUUGGAAGAAUAGGCCUACAAUGUAUAGAUACAGAUAUUUUGUAACAUAUAGGCAAUUUAUGAUGAGAAUAAAAG